AUGGCUGGAGACGAAUGUGAGAUUGAAUACCUGGACGAGGAUGAGGAAUUGGUUCAACAGUGCAUGCAAAUCGUUCAAACAACGCCUGUUCCUGAUAAAGCGAAAGUUGAAAGUUUAGACAGCGAAUCUAACGACGAUUUGCUUGUCGAACGAAAAUUCGACCAUUCCGCAGUCAAAAGACGGAACAAAACUGAAGAGGAAGAUUCCGACUAUGAUCCCAGAGACGAUAUGUUGCAACUUAAAAAGAAAAAGAUAAUAAAAAAGCCGCCGAAAAGAAUCAUUAAAAUUGAUUCACAACAAGUAUCCUUCUACGUAAGAAAUAAUGCAGAAAAUGUGCAAAAACCUCUUAAAACGUACAGCAGAGUGCUUGAACAAGGGCUGCACGCAAUUCAGAAAAAAACUGCGUCCAAGAUGAUAAAAGUGAAGGAAGUGCGUCCUGUUCCCCGUCCUGUUACAAAAACAACUGAAGAAAUGCUAAAGGAACGCAAGAAACUUGAUAUUAGAAUACCCGAUUUUGAAGAUCCACUAUGUCUGCCCGUUCGGGCUUUUUUGAAGGAUAACGCCGAGUUAAAGAAACUGAAAAGCUGGAAUAAUCUAUGUCUAAGUUAUCUUACAAAGGGUAAUGAAGCUUUGGAGACUCGUGGAAAAAUCAACUCUUCGAAGAGAACUGUUGUACUUAGUAAUAGUAGAAAUAGGAUUGACGGGAAGGUAGAAACAUCAGUAUGGAGUAAAAUUUAUGUAGAAACAGACAAAGGGGAGACGAAAAUGGAAACCUACCGUUCCAUCUUACCACGGUAUAGAGAGAAAAAGAUGCCAAAACAGUACAACUUGAAUAGAGGUGUACAGAAACAGUUUAAGAACACAUAUGAUGUUAUACUGACGAAGGAAUCUCAAAAGGAUGAGGAGUUUUUGGUUGUGUAUAAACCAGACGAAGCAUUGAGUGCCGUUUAUAAAUUCGAUAAGAAGAAAACAGAGUAG